AUGGUUGAACGAAACACCAUGUUGGAAGUUCCUUGGACCCGAGCCGUUAGGUUCAUCUCUGAAGACGGUCGUGAACUAUGCGGAGAGCCUGUGAAUUCCGAUGUUGAUGUCGGGCUUGCUGUCUCCGAAGGUAGAACAGUCGCUGUCAACGUUUUAAAUUCGAACUCAGCAUUGACUGCAACCAAAUUCACGGGCGAAGAAACAAAUAUCUAUAAACUCCUUUCGCCAUUAUCAGCUACUGAAGUUGGCACGGUUCGCUGCGUCGGCCUCAACUUCAAAGACCACGCUGCCGAGCUGAAACUCCCAUUACCGGCUGUUCCCACUAUCUUCAUGAAACCAGGGCAAUGUUUAAACAACCCUCUCGAUCCCAUCAUCAUCCCUUCCUCUGCGCCUGACGCUAUAGAUGCUGAGGUUGAGCUCGUCAUUGUAAUUGGCCAAGACUGCAAAAAUGCCACGGUUGAUACGGCUCUCAGUCACGUCUUGGGAUACACAAUCGCAAACGAUGUCACAGCGCGAGAUGUGCAAAACCACACCUCACAAUGGGGAUAUUGCAAGGGCUACGACGGCUUCUGCCCACUCGGACCGCUCUUGGUGUCUGCCAAAAGUACAGACUUGUCUAAUCUGCGCAUGCGAACCAUUCUCAACAACGACGUGCUACAAAACGGAACAACAGCUGAAAUGAUAUUUUCCGUGGCAGAAAUUGUCACCCACAUGUCCAAGGACACGACACUCCCCAAGGGAACCAUCAUUUUGACCGGAACGCCGUCUGGUAUCGGUCACAGUUAUAAUCCGCCAAAGUACAUGAAGGAUGGAUCUGAACUGUCAAUCUUUAUAGAAGAAAUCGGAACACUGAUAAACCCAGUUGUGUCCGAGGCCUCUUCACUUUCCAGGCUGUAG